UCCAAAACAUUUUUCUCUACAGUUGUUAUUAUCUAACCAACAAAAAGGAAAAGAUGUUCAUUGCAUUUUUGUACGCUUUGAGCCCUGACUUAUGAACUUAAUGACAUUGAUUAACGUAUCAUUACUUGAUUUUCGAUACCCCACUACUGGCACCAGCCACGACGCAACACGAAAAGUAUAAACAUGUUUCAAAACGUUCCGACAGAGAACCGGUUAGUCAUACGACGAUACGGUGAAGCUGUAGCAACGUCGAUCUGAGAAUUAGCAUUCUGAUUAUGUGAAACCAGUCACAGUAUUUAAUUUUAUUUUAAAUCAAUACGAAAAAGACUUUUAAAUAUUUCGCAAGUGACUGAAGAAGUGUUCCACCAAAAAUAAGUACGAAUAAGUAAUAUAUAUAAAUUGUAGCACGGUACUGAUAUAUUACAAGAUGGGGAUACGUGGUCAUAUUGGUUUACAUCCCUGAUAAAUGACAAUAAAUUAUUUGGCAUUAUGUACCAGGAUUCUCUUCUCUAAUCGAAUUGAUUACAUAGGAAUUUGUUUCACGAAAAAAUAGAAAUAUUAAGAGGACUCAUAACAUGUCUAAGAUUUUUAUAUUAUUCGCUGUGAUGCCGCACCUACUUUGUACCAUGGUGCAUGGUACAAUGUUGUGUUCGGAAUACUUCACAUACACAAUAAAUCCUGAAACAUUCAAGAUAUUGGGAAGACUCGAAAUCACAUCUCCACCAGAAAAUGACGAAAUGUUUUAUGUAAAAGUUGCCUUAAACGUUACCGAUGAUUCUUUGAAUGGGUUAUUUCAAUUAGAAUUGGCACGACCGAUAAAAGAGACCAUUCAAGCCAUUCGACAAGGCAGACCUUUAGUGUAUCAUAUUAAUUUUCCUUCGGGCGCAAAAUUUCCGACAUUAUCCGCGAUAUGGUUUAAUAAUCGGCAAUAUUGCUUUGGCUCCGCAGAUAUAUUCCGUUGCAUCUCAGCGUCAAAUAGAAAUAUCCUAGCCAAUAUCGAAUUGGGGCAUAUUGUGUACCCUCCAAACGAAGAACCACUGUCGCAAGAUUUUCAACCGUGGCAUCGAAAUUCGAGUGGCUACCGCAUAAACAAUCCGAGUUACAAUAGCAAUGCCGAAUGCGAUGUUACCAGUUACUACACCGAUAGUACAAAUAGACUGAUCCCCAAUGGUGAGACCUCAUUACCAGGCCAGUGGCCGUGGGUAGUUGCAAUCUACCUUAUUAGAAAAAAAAGAUUUGAGAGAAUAUACAGCUUUCAAUGUGGUGGUUCUCUUUUAACAAACAGACAUGUACUAACAGGUAUGUUAAUCGAGAAAAUUCAAAAUUUCCAUAGUCCAUAUAUUAAACACAUUGCAAGUGAGUUAGUUUCUCGUCCUCCAUAUACGAGUAUAUUCUAGAAUGUUUAUAGCAAAAUUUUAAUUGUUAUCUAUUAAUAUUAAGAAAAGAGCGGAUAUCUUAAUUUUCGAUAGAUAUUCAGAAUUCAUCGAAAUAUAAUGAAGGAAUAUAUGUAUAAUUGUAUAAUAAUAAAGUGUCUAGAAUAAUUACAUAGGUAGCAUAAUAUCUCAAAAAUGUAUAAUAAUAAUGACGAGGCGUUAAGGAUGACAGUGGAAAAAUAUAUGUAUGUAUAUAAAUAUGCGAAUAUGCAACAUGCGAUAUGCGAACAUUUCAGCAAUAUCGCGUAUUCGCAUACUUACAUAUACAUUUUUUGCACUGUCUUCCUUAACAGCUUGUCAUUACUACUAUAGGCCGUUGUUCUAUUAUUUGUGUUUAAACAUAACGAGCACGUUGUUUCUGUUGUAAGUAUGAUAUUUCCUCGAGAUUAUCUCCAGUACGUUUAGGAUGUCUUGUAAUAUUUAUAAAAAGGAUGAUCUGCGUGCUGUAUUAAUAUUG